AUGGGGGUGCGCGAAUGUCCUGCCCUGCUGCUUCUGCUGUCCCUGCUACUGCCUCCUCUGGGCCUCCCAGCCCUGGGCGCCCCUCCACGCCUCAUCUGUGACAGCCGAGUCCUGGAGAGGUACAUCCUGGAGGCCAGGGAGGCCGAAAAUGUCACGAUGGGCUGUGCCGAAGGCUGCAGCUUCGGUGAGAAUGUCACCGUUCCAGACACCAAGGUUAACUUCUACUCCUGGAAGAGGAUGGAGGUGGAGCAGCAGGCUGUGGAAGUCUGGCAGGGCUUGGCCCUGCUCUCAGAAGCCAUUCUGCAGGGCCAGGCCCUGUUGGCCAACUCCUCCCAGCCAUCUGAGACCCUGCGGCUGCAUGUGGACAAAGCCGUCAGCAGCCUGCGCAGCCUCACCUCCCUGCUUCGGGCGCUGGGAGCCCAGAAGGAAGCCAUCUCCCCUCCAGAUGCAGCCUCUGCUGCUCCACUCCGAACAUUCGCUGUUGAUACUUUGUGCAAACUCUUCCGAAUCUACUCCAAUUUCCUGCGGGGAAAGCUGAAGCUGUACACAGGGGAGGCCUGCAGGAGAGGGGACAGGUGA